AUGACGAAAUACCUGAUCUGGACGGUCUAUGGGGCCUGGUUUGCAAUCGACACGGUAGAGGGAAAGCAGAAGGUUUGUACGACAGCCGAAGCUACAGUGGAGGAUCUCAUAUGGUUCGGGAUUCGAUUUCUGCUUCAGAAAAAGACAGACCAUCACGUAGUUAUGCCAGGAAAAAUGACGAUCGAUUUCUACGCCUAUACUCGUCAACAAAUUAUUAUUCCCGUCCCGCAUAUCUGGUUAUCAGCUCUUCCUGGACAGGAAGUUGAGAAUGAACGUAUUCAGGAGCAUGCAUAUCGUUGA